AUGGCCCAGGUUGUCGUGCUCGAGACGUCUAUGGGCAGCAUAACUUGUGAGCUGUAUACAGAGCACGCUCCGAAGACCUGCCGCAACUUCUCAACCUUGGCGUCUCGAAAUUACUACAAUGGCACCGUCUUCCAUCGGAUCAUCCCAGACUUCAUGAUCCAGGGUGGUGAUCCGACUGGCACCGGUCGUGGCGGCGCCAGCAUCUAUGGAGACAAGUUCGAAGACGAAAUCCGCAACGAUCUCAAGCAUACAGGAGCUGGCGUACUGAGCAUGGCUAAUUCGGGUCCUAAUACGAAUGGCAGCCAGUUCUUUAUCACACUGGCUCCCACUCCAUGGUUAGACGGAAAGCAUACCAUCUUCGGUCGAGUCAAAAGCGGCAUGAAGGUCGUCCAGCGCAUGGGCAUGGUGAAGACGGAUGGCGACGACAGGCCAGCCGAGGAAGUCAGCAUCGUGCGCGCAAGAGUGCUCGAAGGCGACGAAGAAGAGCGGUGA